GUAAAGAAGUUAUAGUAAUAUAGUCUUUUUCUGUUAUUGCAUGCUUUUUCAGCAAAAUGGCUUUGCUUAUCAUCCUUGUAUUAUCUCUCCCAAUACUUCUAUUGCUUCUUCAGAGACACAGAAAGAGCAAAAGUGUUCGUUCCCCACCUGGUCCUAGAGGUCUUCCUUUGAUUGGUAACAUACAUCAGUUCGAUAUUUCAAACACUCUUCGGUACCUGUGGAACCUAUCUAAACAAUAUGGCCCCCUCGUGUUCUUGCGUCUUGGUUUUGUAUCAGUCCUUGUAGUUUCCUCCGCAAAGAUGGCUAAAGAGGUCUUAAAAACACACGAUCUUACAUUUUCAGGCAGACCUAAUUUGCUAGGCCAGCAAACCUUAUCUUACAAUUUCUUAGAUUUGGCUUUUUCACCAUAUAAUGCUUAUUGGAGAGAGAUGAGGAAAGUUUGUGUUAUUCAUCUCUUUAACUCUAUAAGGGUUCAACUAUUUCGUCCCGUUCGAGAAGAUGAGGUUUAUCGGAUGAUUAAAAAAAUAUCAAAAUCAGCUGAUGCUUCUCAACCCAUCAACUUAAGUGAGGUGACGAUGUCUCUUACAAGCACAAUUAUCUGUAGACUUGGUUUUGGCAAGAGGUAUGAAGAUGAAGGAGGCGAAAAAAGCAGAUUUAGUGCACUACAUAAAGAAACUCAGGUAAUGUUAGGAAGCUUCUUUUUUGCAGAUCAUUUUCCUUUCCUGGGUUGGGUUGACAAACUCACGGGAAUGAGGCGUCGCCUUGAAAAAAACUUUGAGGAAUGUGAUAAGUUUUAUCAAGAACUCAUUGAAGAGCAUCUAGAUCCAAAGAGACCAAAAAAUGAGCAAGAGGAUAUAAUUGAUGUUUUACUUCAAAUCAAGAGAGAUCGCGAGAUUAAAGUAGAUCUUACGUAUGAACACAUCAAAGCAAUACUCAUGUUAUCCUUUCUUUUUAUGCAGAACGUAUUUGUUGGUGGCACAGACGCUAUUGCAGCAUCUGUGGUUUGGGCCAUGACCAACCUAACGAAGAAUCCUAGAACAAUGAAGAAGGCUCAAGAAGAAAUUAGAAAUAUAAUUGGAAAAAAAGGUUUUGUUGAUGAAGAUGAUGUUGAGAAACUCCCUUAUCUUAAAGCAGUAGUGAAAGAGACAUUGAGAUUGGAACCAGCAGCUCCAUUAAUCCCAAGAGAAACAACAGAAAAGUGUAUUGUGAAUGGGUAUGAAAUACAAGCUAAAACACUUGUUUUCGUGAAUGCAUGGGCAGUAGGAAGGGACCCUGAAGCCUGGGAUAACCCAGAAGAAUUUAAUCCUGAUAGAUUCAUUGGCAGCUGUCUUGAAAUGCAAGGACAAAAUUUUGAGCUAAUACCAUUUGGUAGCGGCAGAAGAAUUUGUCCAGGGAUUCACAUGGGAAUAGUAAGUGUGGAGCUUGCACUUGCUAAUCUUCUUUAUCACUUUGACUGGGAAAUGCCAGCUGGAAUGAAGAAUGAAGACUUAGAUUUUGAUGUUCUACCAGGUAUUACCAUGCACAAGAAGAAUCCUCUUCGCCUUGUGCCUAGGAAAUACAUGUAAUAUGAAAAGGCAAAGGGAUGAAUGAAAAAGUCUUCAAUGCCAACUAUAUUAUAUUAUAAUAAAUCAGGUUUUUCUUUUUUUCAGUUUUCUGGUUAGGUUAUAACUUGGUCAACCCGGAUUGCAAUAAAUAAAAGCUUGUGGAUAUAGAGGGGCUUGAGUUUUAUACAGUUGGUUGCCUUAUAUUCAUUUGUUUUUUUUCAUCUAGGCUUUAGCUGGACACAAUUUUAUUCAGAUUAAACAAACAAUAUGAAACCUCUUCAAGCUUGUCCCCACAAUUGGGAUUACGUUUAUCAGCUUA